AGAGCAGCAGCACAAGUCAAAGGCUGGCACAGUGGGUGUGAGUGGAGAAGAGUAACCUCACCAUAGAAAUACCCCUCAGCUUGAGGUUAUCAGUAGAUUGGCUCAGUUUUUACUAGAUAAAUCGGACUUCCUCUGCAGAAGUUGAACAAACAAAGAGAUUUGAGCGCAGUGAAAAGUUGCCAACAUCUGGUUUGCUGGGAGAACUGGGCGAGCCGCAGUCAGGCACUUUGGAGGCGGAGAGAAGACUAUCAGAGCUGGAGAAAAUGCUCUGAGAUCUGGAGUUUCUAUCACCUGGAUAAGGCGAACAGACUUUACUUUCUGUCUGCGGGGAAAGUGGGCAACUUUGUGGAGAGAAACAGGACUCCAGCGAGGGCUUGAGGUCCAGGAGACAGAGGAUGAUUUAGUCCUAAAUAAAUCUGGGAAUAAAUACAAUUCUGCUCCUAAAGAAUCCCAGAAAGUGAGAAGGCUCAUUCACCUCCUCCCUGAACAGCAGGCCCAUGCCCAUGGAGGAGGAGAGGAUUGCCACUGCCAUCCCCACAGAGCAACCUGACAAUGAAAACCCUGACCUACCGGCUCCAGGUUCAAACCCAGACUGGAAUAAAGAGAGCGAGAACAGCUCCAAGACCCCAUCAUCAUUUCCUGGUGAAGAUGUGGCCUACACCUACACUGAGCCCCUCAUAUUGAGGAUAAACGGCAGUCCUGAAAGGUUGUUAGAUGAUGAUGGAGAUAGCUGCAACACAACGCUCACAGCACCCAAAGAGAGUAUUACAUCUCAACCGGCUGCCAGCUCCACUCCCAUCCAUCACACCCAGCCUUGUCAGUCGCAGCCCGGCGGCCUGCUACGCAAUGGAGCCAAGAGCCACGACCACAGGCACCCACCUCACACGCACUGUUCUCAUCACACACCCACAGCGCACACGCGUGGCCUACAGUCCAAUCCCGUCAGGAACGGGGGCUCUCACAAACAUCCCAAGCUGGGCUCUCUUCCGAGAGGUGGCUCUUCCACCUCAUCGUCUUCUUCUGCAGGAACCAAAGGCACCAAGAAGCUGCGGUCAAACCCCUCCAUCACGUCCCAGAGCAGCAAAAGGAGCAAGAGCAGUUCGAAGAGCAACAGUUCCCAGAUUCCCACAGAUGCACAGGAUGACUGCUGCGUCCACCUUAUCCUGGCCUGCCUCUUCUGUGAGUUUCUGACCCUGUGCAACAUUAUGCUGGACUGUGCCACCUGUGGCUCCUGCGCGGGGGACGAUUCAUGCUUCUGCUGCUGCUGCGCGUCGGAGGAGUGCGGUGACUGUGACCUGCCCUGUGACAUGGACUGUGGCAUCAUCGAUGCGUGUUGUGAGUCUGCAGACUGCUUAGAGAUCUGUAUGGAGUGCUGCAGUCUCUGCUUUUCAUCCUGAGUCACCAGCAAAGUAGAAGUCUACGAGGUUCAGGAACAACUCUAAGAGCAGAAGAACCCCCGGCCUGUGCUCUAUGAGCCUCUGGAAUUAAAACACAUCGGCGGGUGUAUCUAGCUCUGGGAUAGGUCCUUCUGUGCAUAAAGAAAAAAUAUGUGACCUAAUUAUUUCCUUUAUUGAUCACACAAGCUCCUUGCUUUGUCUGAGCUAUUGAUUGAUUGCCACUCAAUUAGCUCUGCAGCACAGAGAGAAUUCCAGCACUGAUAUGUGAGUGAAGGCCGAGCCUCUGCACCCUCUCUGAACUAGCUAUUAUUACAAUGGCACCCCCAGUGCUGUUUAAAUUACUGGAGUUUUUCAAGCAUGAAAAGUGACCUCUAAAGGCAAAUGAGGAAAUGGCUUCAUUUAACCAGAUUUUAGUGUUUCUGCAGAUAAGAGCAAUGGAAUAAUGGGGAAGGGGAUGCUCAGAUGUCAGUAGCAGCGUAGUCAGUCCUCCUGUCCUUGGCAAGGGUAAAGCCUUGCAGUUUGAUUGGUUCCUGUAGCCUUUCUGGACAAAAAAGAAGAAAUAAAGUAGUAAAAGGGGAAAUGCUGGAUUCUCUUUGUUCUUGUUGCACAGGAGAAAACAGAACAUUGGAAAUAAAACAGACAGAUCUCGUUGGCUAUCUGCUUUCUUUGUUAUCAGAAAGCACAUCAUCCUGGAUGUGCGAUCUAAGUGGGUAUUUUCACAGAUGGACAUCAAUGUUUUAAUUGUCGAUCUGCAAUCAACACAUUUUUCUGUUCCGAACAUGUGAAUGGAGAGCUUUCAUAUGCUGAGAUUUCUCCACUCUAAUAAUAUCAAACUUUGUUUACUUUUUACAUUUCUCGUAGAAGGACCUUUAUCAGCGGAUGCUAGCUCAUCCAGGGGGAGUCAUCUCCUUUCUAAUACAUUUCAUUUUUCUAUCAUUCCGUCCGUCUGAAGAAAUAAAUGGCCUUAGAAUCAGCUUAAGACCUGAAUUUCCAAGUAGGUUCCUUGCCUUUACCAAAUCUCCAUUAAUCCUUGUUUUGUAGAUUUUAGUUAAGAUAUUUGCAUUUUUCAUCUAAUGUACAGAGAGAGAAAAAAAUCACAUUUCUCAGUUAUCUUUUUUCCUUUUUUAGCUGGGCUCUCCGUAAAGCAGACUUAGCUCUGCGUCUAAUUUAAUUCCUGUCGUGAAAAUCCUUCUGAAAUUAUGCUAAGUUAGAUCCCUACGCUUACGCCAUGAAUGGUACAGUCUUGAUAAAAGCUGUGCACCGUCAUGUGCCUGUCGCCUACCUUCUUUUCAAACCAAUACCUCUUAAGAUCUCACAUAGAUCAGCCGUGCAUUUUAAAGUGACUUGAUAAAAAUCUUUUUUUUUUCUCUGCUGGUUAAACACUAUUAGAGAAAUCCUCUGCCUUUGCUCUCUUGGGACUUUAGUUUUCAGGUCUUUAAUUACUUGUACAUAGAAGUGCUAAUGUGCGACACUAAUGUGUUUGAUAAGGCCCUAUUUUAUGGGCUGAAAUCUGACACUGAUAAAGACACACUAUUGUUAUUUCCCACUUGAUUGCAUCAUAGCAGCAGUGCAAUUUGCUGCUUUUAAUAUAAUCCGUGGAGUUUAAGUAAAGCAACUUUAGACGACGGAUAAAACUGGAAUUGCACUCCCAAUCCAUACACUUUAACUGAUUUUAAAGCCUGGAUCGCCCUGGAAAUAUUGUGAUUUUAGCAUAAUUUGUGAAGGAAAUAACAGAUCAUGCAGAAUGAUGAGAUGUGCAAAAAUCAAAACCAUAUUAGAGGUAUUUACUAAACCUUUUAAAGGUGGACGAAAUAAUGUAGCUUUAUAUGGGAAACUGUUCUCUGUCACCAGACUGUGCAAAGUCAUCUGAUGUUGAUAUGAAAAUGAAAUGAGAAACACAUAAUGUAAGGAAAUUUGGGGGACUAACAUGUUAUAAGAAAUAGAGACUUAAACAUGGAGUUAAACAGUAAUAAACCCAAACACUGCAAAAAUGGUCUAACCUACAAUGUCUUAUUAUCUAAUUGAAAUCAAAAGUUCCUCCUAAUCUUGUUUUCAGAUCAAUAUACUAAGAUUAUGCUAGAUUAUUUAUCUUUAUUUAAGAAAAUGUAGCUCAACAAUCAGUAUAAUAACCUUUGCAUAGGUUUGGGGUAGAGAUUUUUCCCAAAACUACUCUUUAGUGUAUUUUUUUUGGUCAAAAAGUUCCUCCAAUGAAUGUAAUUGUUUACCACCCACAUCUGAACACAAUAGAUUUGAGUUUAUAGGUGAAAAACAUUUUCAAGAUACUGUUAUGUUAUUAUUAUAAGUGAUUAUUUCAGAAUUCUGAAUCCUGUUACUGAUGAGGAUGAACGUUUCUAUAGCCUAUUGAAGAGCGGCUACAUUUCUAUAAACUAAUUAAAAGGUAGUAAAAAACGUCUCGAUUGUUGAUGCAUCUAAAAAUAAAUAAUAACAAACAAUU